AACAAUAGAGCAUGACAACUCACAUAGACACUCUCUGGCUUUUUGCACUUGCCUCGAAAUGUAAAUGCACUUCCAUCAAUUUCCUCACUUUCUUCGCCAUCUUCACUCUAGCCUAUUUCAUUAAAUCCUUGUUCCAAUGGGCUAGGCCCGGCGGCCCUGCUUGGUCCAAACACAAAACCACCAUCCCGGGCCCAAAGGGAGUCCCUAUACUUGGUAGCAUGCACCUCAUGUCCGGUCUAGCUCACCAUAAGCUCGCUGCAGCCGCACACAACUUUCAUGCCGACCGACUCAUGGCUUUUAGCUUAGGCGAAACCCGUGUGAUUGUGAGUUGCAACCCUGAUGUCGCAAAAGAGAUCCUUAACAGUUCGGCUUUUGCUGACCGUCCAAUAAAAGAGUCGGCAUAUAGCUUGAUGUUCAACCGAGCUAUAGGUUUUGCCCCUUAUGGUGUUUAUUGGCGUACGCUACGUCGAAUUGCGGCUACACAUCUUUUUUGUCCGAAACAAAUUAAGGUUUCCGAAAGACAACGCAUGGUGGUAUCAAAACAGAUGGUGGAGAUGUUUAGCGACCAGCAAAUGGCUGUAUGUGUUCGAGAUGUCUUGAAACGAGCUUCUUUGAGUAACAUGAUGUUGUCCGUGUUUGGCAAGACUUAUAGGUUAGACUCUUAUGACGACGAGUCGGUUGAGUUGAGGAAGCUAGUGGAUGAAGGGUAUGACCUUUUAGGUGUAUUCAACUGGACCGACCACCUUCCUUGGUUGAAUGAUUUUGAUUUGCAAGGUGUUCGGUCCAGGUGUUACAAGCUGGUUCCUAAAGUGAACCAGUUUGUGAAACGGAUCAUCGCUGAACACCAGGCAAAACCGGUCCAAUCCAACGGUGACUUCACUGACGUCUUGUUAUCACUCCAAGGUUCAGAUAAAUUAUCUGAAACAGAUAUGAUUGCCGUCCUUUGGGAAAUGAUAUUUAGAGGAACAGACACGGUGGCAGUGUUGAUAGAAUGGAUACUAGCGAGGAUGGUGCUUCACGUGGAUGUUCAAUCAAAGUUACAAGAUGAGCUAGACAGAGUCGUGGGGAGGUCACGUGCGGUCACGGAAGCUGAUCUCACCAAUUUGGUUUAUUUACAGGCUGUGGUGAAAGAAGUUCUUAGGCUACAUCCACCCGGCCCAUUACUUUCAUGGGCUCGUCUAGCCAUCACCGAUACGAUCAUCGAUGGUCAUCACAUUCCCCGUGGAACGACCGCAAUGGUUAACAUGUGGGCUAUAACCCGGGACCCACAAAUAUGGAACGACCCGUUAGAGUUUCGACCAGAAAGGUUUGUGAAUGAGGCCGAGGGGUUAACGGAUAUGUCGGUGAUGGGUUCUGAUUUGAGGUUGGCUCCGUUUGGGUCGGGCAGGCGAAGUUGCCCGGGGAAAAGUCUUGGGCUGACAACUGUCAUCUUUUGGGUUGCGUCGGUAUUGCACGAGUUUAAGUUGGAGAGGUGUGAUGGGUACGAUGUAGACUUGACAGAGGUAUUAAAGUUAUCUAGCGAAAUGGCGAACCCACUUCGUGUUACUUUUCGACCACGGCCUAGACACAACCCCACUUCAUCGUGUUUGUAAUGAUGUUUAUAACAAAUAUUGGAGUUAUACCAUUUUAACAAAAAUGGAAAUAGAUAGUGUGCCAUAAUGUUAUAUACUUUUUGCGUGGAUACAUCACUAUAUAUGUUUACUAGUAUAAGUUUGUUACUUAUUUUUAUUUUAUUAUAUUGUGGAUCGAUGUUGAUGUAUAUACUUUUCUGAAAUUAAAUAUUAUUGUAAGUUUGAUUCA